AUGACUCGAGGAACUUCAACAAACAAGCCGAAUUCUGCAUGGACAGCAGAUCAGGUCGCCUCGUAUAUGUUUGAAAAAAUCGAACAGAAGCAGUUUUACAUUCUUUGUCCAGAUAAUGCUGUGACCAAUCAUACGGACUAUAAACGUAUGACUUGGAAUCUGCAUGAUAUUACUGAUGGUCGUUCGGCUCUUUCACGAUGGCGAGAAGAGACUGUUGAUGAUUUUGAACAGUAUAUGAAAGAAUUUCAAAUAUAG